AUGGUGGGCCAGUCACAGUCUUUCGUCCUCCCGAGCAGCUUUUGCUCCUUGACAAGUGCGCUGAGCAAGCAUGACGCCAUUGUCUCCUCAAGAGCUCGACGACCUUCGGGUGUUGCGUUGCGAACAAACAGCAUCAGGAUGGAGGGGACCAUGGUAGCCGAUCGAAAACAGUCUGACAUGCCUGACAUCCCCCACAAGGUCACUUACUUCGGCAAGUCCAAGAUCCUCAGCGAUGUCCAACUCUUCAAGUUUAACUUCUUCCAACGAAAGUUUGACCACCUCGUCGCGCAAGGAAAGGCCAAAGAGGCCGUCGAAGUCCUGAUAGCCUCCGAGAGCAUGAUACAAAUUUCUCCCCUUCAAGCCGUCAAGCUCCUAGUCGACCUGUUUCAGUCAGGGUUGACCCUCUCCCCCAGCAAGGGCACCAAGUACGCAGGGCAGGAGGCGGAGCAGUCCCCCGGAGAGGAUCAGACCAAGGCAAGCUUCUCCUUAGCUGCAUGGCGUGCCCGAGAGAUGAUCGAGCGAGAAAUUCGAUACGCUGAGAUGAAGCUGGGCAAAAGAUGGAAGUCGGUUGAGCUGCGACACGACUUGCUGGAGAUUCAACCUUACUUCUACUACAAGCUCAACGUCUCAGGCGUUGACGAUAUCGUCGAGACUCCAGAGCUUGAUGAGAGCAUCGCGACCCUGUGGGAGCAUCUCAGUGCGGGAGAAGCCAAAGUGUCUGCUGCCGCACUUCGAGAAGCGCUUUCCAAGGAAUGGCAACUGUCAUACGAGAACGACUCUGUGCUCGAAGACAUCCUUGUACGCGAGGCGGGGGAAUCGCCCGCUGGAUUUGAGGCUUUCAGAAAGAUGUGCUUGCUGGUGUUGCAAAUCUGA